CCCCCCUCCAGAGGGGAGGUCACCCCUGCAACGCGAGGGGGCUGCUAUAUAAGGACCCGCACGAGGAAUCUGUCCACUUGCGGCUGGCGCGCAUUCUGCAACGGUGUCGGCAUGUUCGCGAAGAACGGCGUGGCUCUCUUAUUGAUUGCGUUUGUCGCUGCGGAGGCAAUAUUGCGGCAAGGAGCCUCGGAGCAUGGAGGAACCACCCAGUCUCGUGAGGACAAGGACGCUACAACCUUCGUGGUGGAUCGUAGCGACGACGCUGAUGCGUUAGAAUAUUCUAUCCCUGAGUUUGAAGAACCUUUCAGGGAGCACAAUGCUCCAACGGAAGAUAACGUCAGUGGCGAACAAACCGCUACUGAAAUUAACGGCCAUGCUCGUACCAGCGCGAAUUCCGACCUCUCGGAUCAGAUUCAAGGUCGGUCUGCCGGCGGCUACGCAGCUCAACCUGCAGUGACGGAUCACAGAAACGCCCACGGGCCGCCUCCCAUGCUACCCGAAAGAGCGCGCCUCUCCGCCCGCAGCAACGCCCACGCCCCGCUGCCCGCUGAGGGAGAGUCGCCGGGCUUUGCGCUGUCGGGCUCCGCCGUCGUCACGGACGGCCAUGGGAAGGGCGGGGGCGUCGACCUCCCCGAACGGUACGUGGCGCCGCUCAACCCCGCGUGCGUGGGCGACGUCCGCCCGGGCUUCCACGAGGCGGCCGACUGCGAGGACUACGGCGACUGGGCGGCGCCGGAGGGCGAGGGGGACGGGCCGGGGGAGGAAGAGCUAGAAGCCCGGUGAUGCGCCACGAGAAGGUUUGCAUGCGUUUUAAAGCGAAGUAGAAUGUUGGUUGUACAACCCCAUGCGAAAUAAAAACGUUGAAUUU